AUGGCCGAGCCGUCGCUCCUCGGGCCUGUACCGCCACAGUCCUGGAAGGCGGCCCUCGCGAGCUCACGCGACGAGUGUGGAGAGGAUUUGGUCCGCGGCGGGUUCCAGCCGCGCCUUCCGACUUCGCUGCCGCCCCCAGGGCAGCAGCAGCAGCCGUCGCCGCUACCACGCCGACAGCCCGUCCCGUUGAUGCCUCCCGCGCAGCUUCAUCCGGGAGCGCCCCAGGUGGUCGCUCCGGCGCCUGCGGUCCCUCUUCAGUCGCCACCGCCUUCGGAGCUGAUGGACGUCGACCCCUCAGCCGGGCCGCCUUCCCAAGCGGUGGCUGUGCAGCCUGUCCUGCAGCCGCUUUCCUUGGGCACCCCCAAGGAGUCUGACACCGCAGCGCCUUGUCCGGCGCCCACUCAGCAGCCGUCGACGCAGCGUCAGGAGACGCUGCCUCUCUUCGUGGGUCCCGACGCCCGUCGCGUCCAGUACCAGAAGCUGCCGGGAGUCAAUACAGUCGUCAGCGACCCGGCAGUCGAGCUCCUCGAUGAGUUCCCAGGGUUCGUCCCACGUGUCGGGGCGGAGCUGCGCCAGGGCGCCGGCGCACCCCCCUCCCUCCAGCGCUCCGCCUGCUGGCGGCGGCGGCAGUCCGGAGUCCCUGAGGCGGUCUGCCAGGCGCUGCGCAGCUGA